AUGGUGGACUAUUCCAAAUGGGACAAACUACAGAUCUCUGAUGAGGAGGAUGCAAAGCCAUCGCCAUCAAGACCUCCAGCUCCCGUACAGCCAAAGGCUCCUGCAAUUCCCAAGCGUCGUUUGCACCCAUCCGACUAUCAUCCAGAAAGAUCACUCAACAAGGAGCUUUUUGAACCACUGAAUUGCAGACGUUGGGUUCGCCCAGAACUUCUUGACGUCAUUAGCAAAUGGCAAAGUGCAAAGAACACUGGUGACGAGAAUGCCUUCAAAAGUGUGGAUUUGGAUGGCUUCGAGGGGUUCCAAGUCGAGGCACCGGGAAUUUUCAGCUUCCCGGCCCUGACGGAUGAGUUUUGCGAGCUGCUGCUGAAGGAAGUCCAGCACUAUCGUCAGAGCGGUCUUCCCUCAAGGGCUCCGAAUAGCAUGAACAACUAUGGGCUCGUUUUGAAUGAGAUAGGCUUGCGACCAGCUUUCUCAGCGGUCCUCAAGGAAGUUCUCCUGCCCAUUGGCGCAAGGCUAUCUGGAAAUGAUGAAGAUCGCAUAACAGCCUUCAAGGGUGAAGCAGUGGAGACGGAACUUUGGAUGAUCAUCAUUCCUUCAUUGUUCAGUACCGCCCAACUGAUGACAAGCACUUGGACAUGCACAUUGAUGAAUGCGACGUGA